AUGGAUAGCUACAGUCCAUUCGAAGAUUAUUUGGGUUUGAGCAAGCUUUUACAGAAUCAGAAUGGGGGUUUGGACGAGCCAAUGGAGACACCUAGAAGCGACAGCGACAGUUCCACAGCGACACCGCGAUUUUCGGCACCGGACAGCUGGAGUAGAAUCCAAUGUCAGAUGGUCAACGGCUUAAAUGCUUUCUCUGGUGGCCUUCAUAGUAACUUGGCGGAUGAUUUCAUGUCUAUGGAGUGUAGUCGUACGGGAGACGAUUGUUUCCGCAGUGACUACAACGUUCACAUUGAGGAUGAAAACCGUCGGUCCCAGUCUGACGUCACGAAAGAUCACGGAUCCGGAGAAGAGGACAUUUUCCAAAGGAACAAUUCUAGGUCUUCGUCUAUGUCCGAGUUUUCGUGGGACAAUCAUAGUCAGGUUUCGUCGUCAAUGAUACAGAGGAGAGAUGACGGGGACUCCUCACCAAGUGUUUCUCCGGUGAACCCGAGCAGCGUCGACAGACUGGCAAAAUUAAUGCGUGAAAUGAACCAGCAGGUUUCGGACAUCGCUGAUGACGAAGCAGCUCUACCUGGGUGUUUCCUGGAGUUCAGACCGAUGGGUAUGACGCGAUUGGUAAAACGGGACAUGUUUUGUGUGUUAUGUAAACGUAACGGGGAGACGCGCGAGUUCUACACAACCCAUGUGCUCAAGGACACGCACGGCAAAGUCAUCUGUCCAAUUUUGAGGAAGUAUGAGUGUCCACGAUGUCUGGCGACGGGGGACAACGCCCAUACUCUCCGACACUGCCCGUUCGCUGACCAGGGGUUAGGGUCAAUGUCGCGGACAUUUCUCACCAGACGCAGCAGCUGUGGUGUGCGGCGAAAGGACAAUGUCGGUGUAUAG